AUGGGAGCCGACGAACGUGUAGCAUCGUGGUUUGCACGUGUGAAGAGGUUAUCACUCGAUUGCAAAUUCGUCGCUGGUGAUUUGGAACGUAUCGUUUUGGACAAAUUUGUCGUUGAAUUGCCAAGCAAAAUAUUCGAAAAACUUUGCGAAGAAGACGAAACGCUGACGUUGCAAACUGCAUUGAAAAAGGCGAUGAUGAAAGAAACAAAAAUUCAACAAUCGCAGCCGUUGAUCGCAAUUUUUGGCGAAAAUAAAGGCAUUCCUUUAAUGGCCGCUGCUCGUAUGCAGAGAUGGGCGUUUCUUUUGUCUGGUUUCAAUUAUUCUAUUCAGUACAUUAAAGGUUCUUUGAAUACGGCUGAUAGUUUAUCACGUAUUGCACAAGUUUCUACAGCGGAAGAAACCAAGGAGAGUUCAUACAUAAAUUAUGUAGGUUCAAACAUCAUGAAAACAUUAACGUACAAAGAUAUAGCCACACACACUCGACGAGAUCUCAUUUUAUCAAAGGUUCACGAUUGUAUUCAACACGGAACUGUCGAUCAGCUUCAAGGCAGUGAAUAUACAUCAUUUCGAAACAAAGCAACUGAAUCAUCUGUUGAAUCAGGUUGCAUUCUUUGGGGCUAUCGCACCGUCAUUCCAAAUGCUCUGCGUAAGAUCAUUUUGCAAGACCUUCACGCAUCGCACAUGGGAAUUGUAAAAACGAAAGCGUUAGCUCGUUCAUAUGUUUAUUGGCCGCAUAUUGACAAAGAAAUUGAAAAUUUGAUAAAAGGUUGUGUUUAUUGUCAAAAGACUCAAGCAAGUCCUGAGAAAAGUACUCUCAUGCCGUGGACACCCACUGAUUCAGCUUGGAAACGUGUUCACAUUGACUUUGCAGGUCCCGUUCGAGGCUAUUAUUUGUUUCUUGCAAUCGAUUCAUAUUCCAAGUGGGUUGAAGUUUUCAAAACCAAGGAUAUGACGUCUGCAUUUGUCAUUC